GUGCAUGUAUUAACUUCAGAAAUUACUCAACACCUUUUAACAUGCUUCCAGUCUGUAGAUGGGAUGAGUGUCCCGGUCUGGUACCCAAGAGCAGCCUCCCUCUCUGCCUCAGAGAAUAUAUUGAAAACAACGAGAGGAACAACUCCCCUAUUUUGUUCAUCACUCCGGCUGUAUUAAAUGCCCACAGGUCGUCAGAGUACACCACCAAGAGUAUGCUUAGCUUCUCCCUCUUGGAGAAAUGUUUUCUAAAAAAGGAAGAAAAUAUCCAUGAUAUGGUGAGGCUGGCCAAACUGAUCAAAGAUAAUCAAAGGUGGACUGAAAUUUAUGGUCUGAAAUCUUUUCACCUAAAGCGGAUGGCAAUCAAGAAUGCUUCAUCACUGAAGACCAUGACCACUUAUGAUGGCCUUAUGGCUCUUCUGGGUUACAUGAAGGAGGAGCUGACGAAAAAAGGAGGCUUCAUUGACUGCUUCGUUAUUGAGCACUAUAUAUAUCAUGGGGAUCACAGUGUUCUAUUCUCACGCAGCCUGAGUGAAGUACAAAAGUGGCAACCAGAGAAAUUGGAAAAUUUAGUGUAAUGGCAGAAGAAUUAAGCUAUGAAGUUCUCAGCAUACACAUAUAUGUAUAUCAGGUGUUGAUAUAUAUAUAUAACUGUAGGUGCAGUUCUCAGCGAGUUUCAGACACAGAUGAAAGGUCCUGGGCUCAAUUUCCAUUGCAGGACAGAAACAUCUUGGGCAACAUUUAAUUUUAUGCAUCUGCUUACCUAGCAGAAAAUAUAGAUACCAGGAAGUUAGACAACUAUCGUGGGUUGUAACUACUAAAGUUAUAACUAAAAGUUAUAACUAAAGUUAUAACUACUUUAUGCGAUUAUAUAUAUAUAUAUAUAUAUAUAAUAUGAAUAAUCAAUCGAACCUUUGACUUUAAGGAAAAGAAGGUAGUCAUUCAACUGUACAGUAUAUUCAAUUAUAUACAGAGUUAUUCAACUCAGGUGAAUAUUUUACUUCAACUCUUUGAUUAUUGCAACUCGUUCUCGAUUAUUGUAUCCAAGCAUGGAGACCUCAUCUUCAGAAAGACAGCUGCUGUAGAGAACACCGGACAACAAAAAUCAUUCCCGAACUAAAUCAACUCUAAUACCAGGAACGGUUGAAGGCCACAGGGCUGGCAACACUGCAGACCAGGUAUGACAGGGCGGAUCUCAUGGAAACUUAAAAUACUGAACAAUUUGGAGGAUGGUUGAUACGGACAAUUUCUUCAAAGGGUCAGAUGUAACACAAACAAGGAGCAACGGUUUCAAGCUAAACAAGCCACAAAGUUUACUAUACUAUACCAUAGGCAUAUUUACUCUAACUUUGUCAGAGAGUGGAUAUGUGUGUAGUUUAAAUUGCAUACUACCAGACUAUACAUUGCUGUCUACUAUACAGUACACCUAACUUCUUGAUAUGAUAUAUGCAAUAUGCCAAGUAUACAAUGAAAUAUACAGUAAGCUUAUGUUAUUUAUAAAUAUACAGUUUGCAUAUACAGUAUAUUUUAGUUAUUUUUUAAACGACUACCAGUUCUUGUUUUGUUUUAAUUAGUUUGACAUUUUGCUUUCAUAGUUAUGUUUUAAACAUUAAAAUAUUUUGAAUGCAAAAAUUAUUUUAUAUUAUAUACAUGUAUUUUCUUUAUUUAAAGUGAAAUGUUUAGCAUUCCAUUUUUUCAGAGUAGAAUAAGUGGAUGUGUCCAUAAUUAUAAAUAAUUCCUAUACACAUAAUGAUAAAAUGUAUAUAAAAGUUAAUUACAAUUAAUAUAACAUAAAAAAUUACUCUAUACACAUCACGUUUAUAGAUGAAUCAUAAACUGUAUCUAAAUUGCUCCAUUUAUGAGAAAGUUACAGUUACUAUAAUCAGUUAUGUACGUAAUUAUAAGUUACGUACAGUUACGAUAUAUUUUUAUCACAGUAAAGAACUUUACAACUGUUCUUCCUUGUUGCACCAUGAUCACAUUGUAGAGAGUCUCAGGGCUCUCAAGGUUGUGACAGCCUAUCAUCACAGCUAUUGUGCAAUUGUCAGAAUUGCAAAAAUUAUAUAUCUUGCAUAUAUUAUAUUGACUGAUUCUGCUGCACCUUUGGUUCCUCAAGUACCUGAAAAUAUGCUUGCCGAGCUGAAAAGCUGCAAACCUGAGUACAAUCCAUGAGGAUUGUACUCGGACGCCUCCAUGCAAUUAAAUUACUAAACAUAAGGCAUGAACUAACUAUUCCACAUGUAAGUGUUCAAAUCACUGAAAUCAAUGUUUUAAUUUAUAUCAAAAUGUUUAUGCGAAUCCACUCCAACCCCAGCACUGACGCCCUCCAAGCCUUCUUUAUCAAAAGUCAGCAUCCCUCAAAAUGGGCUACAAAAACUGCACCUGAACUUAGAAUGUAUCGGGUUCAUGAUCUCUACCAAGAGAGACAUCGACGGUACUUCCCAGGAUCAUGGGUGAUGCGCCUCUUUCCAAAUUACUCUCCCUUCCCACCCAAGAAGAUUAAAUCCAAUUAUUUUGGUAUUUUGAUAAAUACCAAAAUAAUUGACAAAUACUAUUAUCUGACAUCAUUUGGAUUUGUAAAUUUUGCUAAAUACCUUAGUUAUUUGACCCGCAUAUCCAUUAACAACCUUGGUGUCCUUUGCUAUGUAAUUUUAUCUCUAUGUGUAUUAUUCGAUUUCCAAUAUAUAUUCUAUUUGUCAACAAUUAAUAUACUAACAUUUGCUACGCUAUUAUAUAUACAAUGCGUAUUAUGCAAGCUACAAUCUUGUUAACGCAUUUUAUGUUAAUAUACAUUUAUCUUUAAUUAACUCAACCUUUGGUACCCCCUCGCUUUACCGUUAUUUACAUUAUAUAUUAAUUAGAUCCAUUACUGAUAACUUCAUUCUAAACCUGUUUCCAGGUAUUAUAAUAUCAAUUAAAUGUUUUAUUUGCUCAAUUAAUUGAGCAAAUUAAUUAUCAAUUAAUUGUUUUAUUAACAGAAAGAGGAGUCGUACUGUUAACAUUACAGUGUAUUGUAUUCUUACUACAAUUAUGUUAAUUACUAAUAAUUUAAUUUUCUUUAUCUUCGUUAUAUUAAUAACUUUAAAUUUAAAUAAAUAAUUUUCCCA